AUGGGUUCCGAGUCCUUUAUCUCGGCGCUUUCGGCCUUCAUCCGGCAUCCAUUCGUAGAGACCUUUACCUGGCUCUACUUGGCUAUGCAAGCGGUGUUGGUUUACGUCUUUUCUCCUAUACCCCCGCCCCCUACCGCUCAAAAUGCAAAUCUUCCUCGAAAGAGAGUCGCAGUCAUUGGCGCAGGCUUGACCGGUGUGUCAUCGGCUGCACACUGUGUUGGCAAUGGCUUCGAUGUCCAAUUGUUCGAAUCGAGACCCAAAGAACAAGGAUUGGGAGGCAUCUGGAGUAGAGUCAAUUCCACCUCCGCACUACAAGUCCACAGCGUCAUGUACCGUUUCCAUCCUUCGGUCCGGUUCGACAGCGCGUAUCCCACCCAGCAACAGAUCAAAGAGCAAAUCGUUGAUGUCUGGAAGAGGUAUGACCUGGAAAGACGCACAGUCUUUGAGACUAAAGUCACGUCUGUGAAAAAGACCAAGAAUGGCCAGUGGAUCAUCAACAAUGAUGAAGAGCAGUAUGGCCGCUUCGACGGCAUCUUGGCCACGGUAGGCGUUUGUGGAGAUCCUAAGAUGCCACCGCUGCCUAGCCAGGAAAAAUUCGAAGGCCAAAUCUACCACUCCUCUGAGUUGGAUGGCAAAAAUGCCAAAGGCAAAAAGGUGCUCAUUAUUGGAGGCGGCGCUAGCGCCAUUGAAGCUUUGGAGUUCGCCGUCAAGAAUGGAGCUGCCGAGAUUGAUGUUCUUUCUCGCUCCGAUAAAUGGAUCAUCCCCGCAACAUACUCGUGCACGUGCAAUAUCUUCGGCCAGGAAACCUCACUCUCGUGGAUCCCCGAAUGGUUGCUGCGCAAGUUUUUCUAUCGUGAUCUUCAAGACAUUGCGCCGUCAGACAAGGGAAUCUUUACCGGAACUCCGAUGGCCAAUGACGAGUUGUUUAACCAGAUCCGCGAGGGCAAAGCCCACUGGCUACGGGGUGACAUCGUUUCUGUGGAAGAGAAGGGUGUGAUGUUCAACUAUCGAUCCAAGGGGGUCCCCAAGGGAGGACCUGGCCACGAGAAAUUGGUUGAAGGAGAUAUUAUCGUCAUGGCAACUGGUUUCAAACGGCCUUCUCUGACCUUUUUGCCCGAUGAGUGUUUCGAUGAACCCUACGGACCGCCUAGUUGGUAUCUUCAAGUCUUCCCACCCAAGUACCCGGAUAUUUGCGCAAACAACAGCACCUACGUCGAUGCGAUUGGUACAGUGGGCAAUAUGCAUAUUGGAAUAUACACGCGAUUCCUGCUCAUGUUCUUGACCGACCCAUUGACCAGGCCUACUGAAGGGUGGAUGAAGACCUGGAUCGACUUCACUAGGUUCAUGAAGCGUCUGGCACCCACGGGAGCAUUUGACUUCUUCACCUAUGCUGAACUGAUCUACUGGUACUUCUUCGUCCUUGUCGUCAACCCGUUCCGCUGGAAGUGGGCGUUGUUCGUCUUCUUUGGCAUUGGUCGUGGCUUGCCCUUGAGGUUCGUGGAACAAGAGAACUCGUUCCGUAGGGAACUGAAAAAACAACACAAGUCAAAGAAAACUCAUUAA